CCCGCCUCCCUGCGCAGCGCGAACAUGGCGGCGGCGGCGGCGGCGAGGGACUGAGCAGCGCCAGCGCUCGGCGGCCGCGCAGGUUUUGCUAUGCCGCAGUGUUUGUACUGACUCUGCUGUCUUGUAGGAGUGAUGGGGAACUAGAGCCCAUGACAGUUCAGUGGAGCCCUUGGCACUUUUGAUAUCUCGACAUCUUCAGUUCUGUAAGAGCAACCCAGUCCCAGGAUAAGGACAGCAGCAGGUGGUAGAAUGCGGAAACCAGGCCCUCAGAAAGCCAUAGACUGGAAAGAUGGUAAAAAGCACAAGCACAGCCGCCCGUCAGAGUCUCCCUCCCAGUACCAAGGUCACUUCACCUGGGAGAAGUACCUGAAAGAGACAUGUGCCAUCCCAGCUCCUGCCCAUUGUUUCAAGCAGUCCUACACUCCACCUGCAAACGAGUUCAAGAUCAGUAUGAAGCUGGAGGCCCAGGACCCCCGGAACACCACGUCCACGUGCAUCGCCACCGUGGUGGGGCUGACGGGCGCCCGCCUGCGCCUGCGCCUCGAUGGCAGCGACAACAAGAACGACUUCUGGAGGCUGGUGGACUCUGCUGAGAUCCAGCCCAUUGGGAACUGUGAGAAGAAUGGAGGGAUGCUGCAGCCUCCACUGGGCUUCCGGCUGAAUGCCUCCUCCUGGCCCAUGUUCCUUCUGAAGACUCUGAAUGGAGCAGAGAUGGCUCCUGUCCGGAUUUUUCACAAGGAACCGCCAUCUCCUUCCCAAAACUUCUUCAAGACAGGUAUGAAGCUGGAGGCAGUGGAUAGGAAGAACCCUCACUUCAUCUGCCCGGCCACCAUUGGGGAGGUGAGAGGUUCUGAGGUCCUCAUAACAUUUGAUGGCUGGAGAGGUGCCUUCGAUUACUGGUGCCGAUAUGAUUCCCGGGACAUCUUUCCCGUAGGCUGGUGUUCGCUGACUGGAGAUAAUCUGCAGCCCCCUGGUACAAAAGUUGUGAUUCCAAAGAGCCCUUUACCUGCCUCCGAAGUAAACUCGGAGAAACCUAGCAUGCACAGUAGCACAAAGACUGUUUUGGGGCAUCAACAAGGGCAAAGGCGUCGCAAAACAGGGAAGAAGCGUGGUCGAACGACCAAAGCGCUAAUCCAUCACCCCAUGCCUACACCCUCCAAGUCAGUGGAGCCUUUGAAAUUCCCCAGAAAGAGAGGCCCCAAGCCUGGCAGUAAGAGGAAACCUAGGACAUUGCUGAACCCAGCACCCACCUCUCCAACCACCAGUACCCCAGAGCCAGACACAAGCACUGUGCCCCAGGACGCUGCUACAAUCCCCAGCUCUGCCAUGCAGGCUCCCACAGUUUGCAUUUACUUGAACAAGAACGGCAGCACUGGGCCCCACCUAGACAAGAAGAAAGUUCAGCAGCUGCCAGACCAUUUUGGACCAGCUCGAGCUUCUGUUGUCCUGCAGCAAGCAGUACAGGCCUGCAUUGAUUGCGCUUAUCAUCAGAAAACAGUCUUCUCCUUCUUAAAACAAGGCCACGGGGGAGAGGUCAUCUCAGCUGUGUUUGAUCGAGAACAGCACACUCUGAACCUGCCAGCAGUAAACAGUAUCACCUACGUCCUCCGCUUCCUGGAGAAGCUGUGCCACAAUCUGCGCAGUGACAACCUCUUUGGGAACCAGCCUUUCACUCAGAACAGCCACAUGCAGCGCUCACACGAGUACGACCACGACAGGUAUCUACCAGACAGAAGCAGUUCGUUAGACGGCUCUCUGCAGGGACCAGGCCGGGGUACAAAGCGCUAUUCCCAAGAUUCCCCUCCAUACAGUGCUCCUCUCUCCCCCAAGUUACCAAAGAAUGACCGUCACCCUUUGGAAGGUGAAACCUUUGUCCUGGCAGAUGGCCUCCCAGGGCCCUUAGAGCCUCGCCUGGACCCCAUGGACUCUGCCUUGAACUCUGUCAAUUCAUCCAGCCACAGCAGGAGCUCCAGAGACUAUCGCCUGCCAGGAUACAGGCACCUGCACCAGCCCUCUAGCCUCAGCCAGGGCAGCACCUCUGCCCUGCGCAGGCUUAGCUCUGGGGGCUCGGACAGGUACCUGGGCUCCCGGGACACCUCCCGGCUCAGCAGCCGCGACCCCUCGUCCUGGACGGUGGAGGAGGUGAUGCAGUUCAUCCGUGAGUCAGACCCACAGCUGGGCCCCCACGCUGACCUCUUCAGAAAACAUGAGAUCGAUGGGAAAGCCCUGCUCUUGCUGCGGAGUGACAUGAUGAUGAAGUACAUGGGGCUGAAGCUGGGGCCAGCCCUGAAGCUCACUUACCACAUCGACAAGCUAAAGCAAGGCAAGUUCUGAGAGGACUGCUGGCCGGAUGGAUCCUGGAAGCUCCGCUCCCGGCUGUCCCCACCCGCGCUCACCUGCCGACAGGUUCGCAUGCACACACCCCUUCUGCCGCCGACGGACACUCCCGUGCCCCCGGGGCCCGGCCAGGCCCCGGCAGCGCUCAGGAGGAGCCGGGCACAGCUGGGCUUUGCCCCAGACUCCAGCUGUGGGUGUUGGAGCGUCUCUUGCCAGCGCUCCUCCCUGGGCUCACGGCGCUGCUCCCCCGGCUGGAGCAGCGCUGCAGGCGGUGCCCGUGGGGACGGGUUGUUUGCUUCUGCUCCUCCUGCUCCAGCCGUGCCUGCUGGGGCAGCCCCUGGGCACUGAGCCUGCCCAGCCUCGAGGGGCUCGGUGCCCCCAGUCUGCCCUCAGCCCUGUGCCACCGCGGCGAGCUCGGAGCACCCAGCCCCAUCUUCCACACUGGGGGAGCCCAUGCGCCCGGCUCUGCCUGCCCCCAGCUCCUGCCCCGGCCCCAGCCGGGCACACCGGGCCGGCCGUGGAAGGUUUCAUGUUUAUUCCAGGCUGGGGAGGCCGUGUGGGAGCGUGGAGCGAGCUGGGAGAGCUGAGGAGCGGGGCUGGCCUGGCAUGGCCCUGGGCUGGUGUUGGACACUGCCUGGAUGCUGCAAGACUCGGCUAAUCCUUCCCACCUAUUUUUUUUUUUUUUAAUUUUGGUGGUUUGGUUUUUUUUGGAAGUUGUUUUUUUUUUUUACUAAGGAGUUGUCUGUUUGAAACAAUGAGAUGAUUUUUCUACCUGUGUUGAACUUGCAACUCUUGGUGAUUUUUAGCCAGAGCUGCUAAGGUUUGUCUUCCCAGGGGCCCUCCUGCUCCUCUAGAGUUUUGGUCUGUCCCUGCUCAGCGUGUGCGAGGUUUUGGGUCUGGUGUUUGCCCUUCCCGAGGCACCUGUUGGUCUCAGGCAGUUUAAUGUAUUUAUUUUUGAUGGCACUUGAGCGGUUCCCAUGGUCCCAGACACGUUUCUGCAGCUGCACGAGGAAUGUUGGGAGCAGAGCCAGCAGCUGUGCCCUGGACAGCAGCUGCAGCUCGGGGCUGCCCAGACCCCGGAGCAUCACCAGCACCAGCCUGGCCUGAGCUGGGACAGGACAGGGCUGUCCCCAGUGUGUGCCCACACACACACACACACACACACACACUUCCUCUGCAGUGACCAAAGGGCUGGGACAGAAUCUCCACUCCAAGCACUUCCUUCUCCUGUCCUCAGCUCGCCCUCUGCAUCCGGAGCCGCAGCUCACCCCCUCCCCUGCAGCCUCGAGGGCCUGGCCAGCAGCAGGACGUGGUGACCAACCCUCCAGGCUCUUGCACUGAGUCAGGUUUACCCCUAAGGGGCAAAGUUGCAAAAAAAAAAAUAAAAAUACCCCAAACCCCAAAGUAAUAAAAAAGCAAAUGGCUUUUUGUCCUAUAGCGCUGCUGGCCUGGGGCUGGGGUCUCUGGCUGCUCACAGAGCCCCUCACUCACGGCACAGCCCGGGGCUGGGGUCUCUGGCUGCUCACAGAGCCCCUCACUCACGGCACAGCCCGGGGCUGGGGGCUCUGGCUGCUCACAGAGCCCCUCACUCACGGCACAGCCCGGGGCUGGGGGCUCUGGCUGCUCACAGAGCC